UAACAAUCUAAUGUCUGUCUUUAUGACUGUGACGUUUUAUUUAGCGGUAGUAAAGGUUUUAUUUAGCGAGUUUUGCUCACGUGGCUAACUGUCGUCUUAUUACAGUUAUUUUCAGUAAUGGCCUGUUCUGUAACCACUCAUUCUGUUUAAACACAAACUUGUUUUUUUUUUAUUUAAUUACUUAAUUAAUUACACAUGGUCCUGGAGUGGAACUAAUGCAACAAUGGAAGAAAGAAGGCUAUGAUAAGUAAGGAAUAAAACACUGCAUGUCGUGCUGCUCUGGGAAAAUAAACAGUGAUGGGUUGUGUAAUGAAGAGGAAGCACUCUGGAUUGUUCUGUUAGCACACCAUGAAGUGUUUUUAUUUCUCUUGUACCACAGCCAUUUUUCCAACACUAACAUUUUUUUUAGGGAUGCACCGGAUGUCCGGCAAAAGAACCCAAUAAAAUUUGACCGAACAAUGACGUGAUUGAUGACGCGCCCAAGUAGCCUAGCAACCAGAGUGAGACUCUUUAAUUGCAGCAAACAUGUCGGCAGUGUGGAAGCAUUUUAAAGUGUUGGAGAAAGAUGGAAGGAUGGCCGUUAAAGCUGUAGGCGUGUGUCUAGGACAAUUAUUCAUUUGUUGAGUAAAGUCGCAGCGAUGGCCACCGGCCCGAUGCUCCAAGAAUGCAUCAAAACAGCCGAGGACCUGCUGAAGCGAGUGGAUCUACUGUGCAGCCACCAGAACCAGGAAGUGGAGGGUCGUGCCAAGCUGUGCAGCAAACUCCGGGCCGAGCUCAAAUUCCUGCAGAAAGUGAAAGCCGGACAAGUUGCCAUCAAAGAGUCUCACCUGCAGAGCACCAACCUGACGCACCUGAAAGCCGUCGUGGAGUCGGCCGAGAGCCUCGAGAAGGUAAUCAGCGUUUUGCACGUGUUCGCGUACGAGGGUCCGGACGGACGGAAGCAGACGCUGGUGGUGGACGUGGUGGCAAACGGAGGGCACACGUGGGUGAAGGCGAUCGGGCGCAAAGCGGAGGCGUUACAUAACAUAUGGCAGGGCCGCGGGCAGUACGGCGACAAAAGCGUGAUCCGGCAGGCGGAAGAUUACCUGGAGGCCAGUCGCCAGCAGCCCAUUCAGUACAGCAACCCACACAUCAUCUUCGCCUUCUAUAACGGCGUCUCCAGUCCGAUGGCCGACACGCUCAAAUUGAUGGGAAUCUCCGUUAAAGGUGACAUCGUCGCCGUGAACUCGGUGGUCGGAUCAGACGAGGACGAGGACGACGAGGAGGAAGAGGACGAAGAUUUCGCACAGGACGAGCAGGACCUCGAGGACAACGUCGAACAGGAUGACGACGGCGAAGCGCACCUUAUGCACACCCGUGUGGACCGAGACACUGUCGUAGCGAGCCUGGCGUUCCCCACUGACGUCAAGGUAGCCGAGUGCGCACGCGUAAACCUCGACAUCACCACGCUCAUCACGUACGUGUCGUCUCUGAGUCACGGGAAUUGCCACUUCACCUUCAGGGAGUACGUGCUGACCGAGCAGGCCGCUCAGGAGCGCCAGGACAAGGUGCUACCCAAGCUCGACGCCUUCAUGGAAGGGAAGGAGCUUUUUGCGUGCCACUCGGCCGUGCAGGACUUCCGCACCAUCCUCGACACGCUGGGCGGCCCUGGCGAACGCGAACGAGCCGAGAAGCUCCUCGCCAGGCUCACCGUAGUUCCCGAUCAGCCUUCUGAGCGCACGCAGCGCCUCGUAGCCAGCUCCAAGGUCAACCAUAGGUCGCUUAUGAUCUUCGGUACAGGCGAUACCCUCCGUGCUGUUACUAUGACCGCUAACAGCGGGUUUGUUCGUGCUGCUGCUAACCAAGGUGUGCGCUAUAGCGUGUUCAUCCAUCAACCUCGAGCGCUGACGGAAGGCAAAGAAUGGAGAGCCACGCCCAUAUGAUGGACCCGAAAGUACAGAGAGACAUCCUAACACGAACUCAAACGACCGUACGCGUCAGAAGAUACAAUAGCACUUUAAAUGAUGCCCGAUAUACUCAAAACACUCGCAAGAGGCGUUUUUUAUUUUCAUGUUGGGCUGCUAAUACAGAAAGCAUCAACAGUACAGUAUGCUGCAUUUCAAUUUAUUUUUUUUAUUUUUUAUUUUUAUCUCUUACAGCAUGAUUUUUUUUUUUCUGAACUCAGUGCCUCGGUCUCAGCCUGCAAAGACUGCAGACGAACCAAAUGACACGGCUGUGGUGUGAAUAUAUAACGUUUGUAUCCUGUCUGAGAAAAAAAAUAACGAGACGUUAUGUUCGAAUAUUUGUUUUGCAAUCUGUAUGCUUGGAUAUGCAUCAUCGAAGUCACGAUGCGUAUUGUUUUGUUCCGCACAAAGUUCAAAUAAACACCCAUAAAAAUG